UCUUCCUCGGUAUUCAGUUUUAAUAGGCUAAAAGGCUAAGAAAGCUGAAGCGUGUGCGGGGCUCUAUCGUGCAUGUUCUGUCACUCGGAUAGGCCGGCUGGUGUGUGUGUGUGUGUGUGUGUGUAUAUGUGUGUGUGAACAUUAGUACGUGCUCUGCUUUAGUAAGAAAAGAGGAAGCAGUUCCGCCCCCUAGAAUCUGCCUGGAGGCCGAGGAGAAAAGAGCAGAAAGAAGAGAAAAGAAGGCACAGCACGCGACCUAGCCCGUUCUUCAGACCGAGAACUAUUAAGCCGGAACUCGGUGCUGUUGUGGCGGGAGGACACACUUCGGCUGUCCGCUCCGGUCGCGUGUUGAAAAGUUGGUUGUAGAAAAAUGAGCUUCAUGUGAAAUAAGUUUCACUUUGAAGCUGGUGUCUUCGGCUAACAGGAACGUUAACGGGCGGACCUACUCGACUACUUCACUCCGGAUUGGCUCGGCUCGGCUCUGCUCGGCUUUAGCUUGCUCCUGGUGAACGGCGGGGGACUGCGGACGGGUUUGUGAUCAGGACUGAUCCCAGUUCUGACCAGUAUGAGCGGAGAAGAGGAAAGAUUCAAACUGGUGGUGGUGGGAGGAGGAGGGGUGGGGAAGAGCGCCCUGACCAUCCAGUUCAUCCAGUCCUACUUUGUGUCGGACUACGACCCCACCAUCGAAGACUCCUACACUAAGAUCUGCACCGUGGAUGGAAAGGAGACCCGGCUGGACAGUAAGUCUCCAUCACGCUGGAUAAUGAGUUCCCACUGUUUGUCAGAGUGUGGGGUGAUGAGGGAGCAGUACAUGCGCUCAGGAGAAGGCUUCUUAUUGGUGUUCGCACUCAACGACCUGGGCAGCUACCACGAGGUCCAGAAGUUCCACACUCAGAUCCUGAGAGUGAAGGACCGAGACGACUUCCCCAUGGUGCUGGUUGGGAACAAGGCGGACCUGGAACAGCAAAGAGUGAUCUCCAGGGAGGAUGCUCAGGCGUUCACCAGAGAGCACCGGAUCCACUACAUGGAGGCCUCGGCCAAGAAUCGCUACAACGUGGAUGAAGCCUUCUUGCAGCUGGUGCAAAUCAUCAGACGAUUCCAGGAGAUAGAGAGUCCUCCUCCUCAAAGUCAUCACUCGGGGAAACAGAAGCGCGGCGGCUGUCCCUGUGUCCUCCUCUGAGCGCUGUUACCAUGGAAACCAAAGCCUCGUCCCUCUUCAGCUUGUCCAAAAAGGAGUGUGUGUGUGUGUGUGUGUGUGUGUGUGUGCGUGUGCGUGUGCGUGCGAGAGAGAGAUACAAUGCAUCUUUUUCUUUUCAAAUGGUUCCAUUUGCACUUUUUUUUUUUAAGAAGCAGUGUUCUUUGAAUGCGAGGAUCUAAUGGGAGAGGUGUGAGUCGCUGCAGAGAAACAGGAAGUGUUCUGCCGACAGUGAGUGAUGAUGACGUUACUGUACAGAGCCAGUGUUCACAAACAAGCAUCACGCGUUGUAGAAAACGAACCACACUGCCGUUAGAAAGGCGGCCACGCCCUGCGGUAACAGAUGAUGUCAGCAGCGACAUCAUCGCUGACUGUUAGAUCGUGUUAGGGAAAUCACACAAACUAUUAUUUCCAAGACUUUUUGUCUUUUAGCUCUGCUCAGCACCAUUAGGGGGCCUUUGUCUUUUGUUGGACUGCAUUCUGGUACUAAUGUCUUUUUUUAGUUUUUACGUCCUCCGUGUCUAAACAUGAGCCGUAUGUAUAGGGAUGUUUUUCACAGAAAUCCAGUGGUGAAAAAUCUUUCUUGAACUUGAGCACAGCCGUUUGACAAAACACGCCUCGUUCACUUCCUCUUCCUCCUAGCGCUUUCAGCGGCGUCUCGUGGUCUUCGUCGGACACCGGAGAUGGUUCAAGUUGGCGUCACGUGACCUGAGUGUGCACGCAAUGUAGGAAGAGAUGGCGAGCUGUUGAACGAUGCUCUCUGUCAGCUGGCGUCGUGUUUCUGAUCUUCAUUCAGUCUCUUGUCCAGGUCGUCUUGCUCUUGCGCUGGUGCAGUGUUGCCCUCAGCUGUCACGUGCGAUGUCAUGAUGAUGUAAUGCACCACUCCUAUCUUCUCACCAUAAUUCCUGUCUUUAGGGUGUUCCAGCAGAGAUCUUCGUUUUUUCACAGAGUGACUCAUGUGCAACAAUCAAAUGAAAACUGGUCCAGUAUUGAGCGAGAACACUUUAACUGGAAGCUGUGAACCAGGCUGUAAUAUAACCCUACAGGACAA